UUGUACAUACAUGGUAUACAUUGUGCUUGCAAGUUUUGCUUGGAUUAACUUGCGUUAAUGCUGUGGCGCGAAAGUUUUAAAUACUUCAACUGUCAAAAGCAAUCACAACCUUUCAAAACAUUCGAUAUACUUUUUUUAUUUCUGCAAAAUGCCACUUUUAAGUAGGAAAAUCCGCCAAAUGUGUCUUUGAAAACUGUUGUUUUCUGUGUGCGCCUCGCCAAUGAGUUGAAUUCGCUGGUUUUAUAAGGUUCGAACCCCAUGGCUCACUUCCCCUAUGGUGUAGAUACUACGAGUUCAUCACCACUUGUUAUCAGUGUUGGAUAGACGAUAAAAAAAUACACAGAAAACUGUUUACUGCAAGGGUUUUAGGAUGGGGUUAGGUUUCUAUUGAAAUGACAAGCGAUUUUGUAAACUACAGAAUGGCUGUCAGAGGAAAUUAUGGCAAGUGGUCUUCUACGGAGUUAGCGUUAGCACUCGCAGCUUUUAGAAAUGGAAAUUGUGGGCUUAAUGAAUGCGCUCGGAUGUACAAUAUACCGAAAGCCACUUUGAAGAGACAUUUAGAAAAUCGAAACCUCCGUGCAAAUGAUAGGGUGAAAAUUCUGGGUCGGACUACGUUUCUGCCUAAGGAGCUGGAGGAUGAAUUAGAAGCGAUAAUAUUAAUAUUUGAGGAAAGACUCUUUGAAAUGACAACCAAAGAUAUACGAAAACUGGCUUUUCAAAUUGCAGAACGAGGCGAAAUACGGCAUCGAUUCAAUAAAGAAACCCGAAUGGCUGGAAAAGCAUGGUACUAUAGUUUUAUGGCUCGUCAUACACAAUUGUCUCAGCGACAAACUGAAUCUACGUCAACAAUUCGUGCGCGAGGAUUUAAUCGCGAGAGAGUUGAUGGAUUUUUCAACAUCCUUGAAAAAAUCGUGGACAAGUAUAAAUUAAAUGGUUAUCGGAUAUUUAAUGUUGACGAAUCUGCGCUUAUGACAGUUCAAGGAAAGCCUCAAAAAAUAGUUGGUUACAAAAAAAGAUCACAAGCUGAUCCAUCAGCAUAUGGUGACAAAGGUGUCAAUACAACGAUUGUCUGCUGUGUCAGUGCUUCUAGCUUUUACAUUCCACCGAUGGUUAUUUUUAAACAAAAAUACAUGGCACCUGAAUUGGGAGUUGGCGCACCAAGCGGAAGCCUUAUUCAAAUAUCAGACACUGGCUACAUUAAUUCAGAAUUAUUCGUGCUCUGGCUGAAGCACUUCCAUUCCAUGGUGCAGUCUUCACCAAAAAUGCCUGUUCUUCUUCUACUUGAUGGCAAUGUAACUCACAGCAAAAAUAUAGACGCUAUCACGUAUGCACGUGAGAGUGGAAUCAUUUUAUUACAGGUUCCUGGUCACACAACACAUAGACUACAACCACUCGACGAUGCAUUUUUCAAACCCCUUCAAACUUAUUAUACACUAGCUCAAGAACAGUGGCUUCAAACUAAUGUUGAUAGCACGAUGACACCGUUUCACGUAUCAGGAUUACUUGGUAAAGCAUAUAGCCAUGUGGCGAGUGCUGGAAUAGCUGAGAAAGCUUUCAGAAGCUCAGGAUUAUGGCCUGUAAAUAGGCAUAUCUUUAAUGAUCAUUAUUUCGCAGCUUAAGAUGUAUUAAAUGUAGAACGAACUUGAAUAUGUUGAACCAUAAACAAGCGACAGUGAUUUGGAUGACACCAACCACAUAACAGUCGAAUGGUUAUAUCCGUUUCUAUUGAAAGACAAUUGAUAUCCACAAAGUGGACCUAGUUGUUGAGACUAAGAACCAGUAAAAAUAAUACACGUGAUACUGUUUCGUUUGUAACUCAUGUGCUAGAAAGUCAAUCAGCUGCAUGGGAUGCAAAGUUGAAGCAUUCGAAACGUGUGCAUAACGACUUGCAGGAACAAAUAUCCUGUUGCGACUUGUAAAUAGAUUAUACACGAGAAGCAGAGCCGUAAUUUGAAGGAUAAAUGAUUUAUAAAACCCGACCAGUUCUUUAAAUUCAACUAUAACAGGAGUGGUGGAAGACUAGUUUGAGAAUACAUCAAGUUUUGAAUCGAAGGUAGAAUAUAAAAACAUUGUACACUAUCUUCAAACAGUGAUAAAUUGUUUACUAACCAAAAGGUCAAUAAUUGUAAAACCGGUCCAAGACAUUCUAUUCUCUCUUAUUUUCAUGUACUUUGUUCCAUUGUUUUCUUAUAUAUUUGUGGCAUCGCAAUGAUGCCACUAGAAAGGUGCCUGAGUGCUCAUUAUUGUGUCUUUAUGUUUUAUUUAUUUACACACAAAUAUAUUAUUAUACCUCUUGAUUUACAUGUAACAACUACAAUCAUCAUUUACUAGUGAAUACCAUUCAAUGUUUAAUCGAAGCAGAAACAAAGAACAUAAAAGAAGUCGUUUCAUCCUUAAUAUUUAAUUCUUACUUUGUAUUCAUCGAUCACAACCCUUGUCGUGUUACUCCAGUUCAAAUUUCCAGAAGCUAUUAGAUUUGAAAAUUUGAUAUCUUAAAUUCCAAGGUCCAAACGAUGAAUUAUAAACUUCGAAUCAAUACUGUGCUGUCAUUCUCCUCAUGUACCCCGAUAUCAAUUCUUUUUUGGAUUACAAGAUUCAUUUAGUAUAUUUGUCAUUCAAAAUCAAUUUAGUUAUUUACCAACUUCACUUUAUUGCAAGGUCAAUUAACUGUUCAGUGAAAAUUUUCAGUCUUCCAAUUCCCUUAUUGGUAAAUAUAUUGUAUUUUAGCCUGGGCGAACGUUAUCCUCGAUUUCUAUAUUUCUAAUUAAUACAGUCCUAUAUUAGACUUGUUAUUUCAAUAUUUUUUUUAUAUUUAAAGUCUAUUUCUUGUUCUUAUCAAAAUACAAGUAUAAUCAUAAUAACAAAUAUUGAAAAGUUAAUAUAUCCUCUUGAAAAUCUUUGUCGUUGAAGCAAUAUUAUUCAUUCGUUAGUCUGGAGUUUGAAUCGAGUAAAUUCAUUCGAAUAUAUUGAACGGUGUACAAGUAUUAAAAAAAUAGAUUUUUGGUCAGGCCGUGUAGAACACUCUGCUACAAUUGCAGGACUUCAACUGGUCAAGUGAAAAAAAAUAAAAUAAAUAAAACAGAAGGAAAUUAUUAAGUUAAAAAGUGUAUCAACUUGUUAAUGAAUAAUUCACUAGAAAUGACAUAAGUUACUCAUUUCCAAGAUGAUAUGAAGAUUUCCCAUUUAAUUUAACAAAUAUUAUUUUCUAGAAAGCACCGUCCUUGCAAUGCAAGUUCAAUUGUCUGAUUUUGGAAUUUGAAAGCUCUAGCAAUCAUUCAUCAGCAGGCUUAGUAAUUAUCCUGUAAUAUUCACAUAGAAAUAUUCAUUUCGGACGGAGCUACUCUAGAUGACGAAAAUAAACAGAUGUAGAAAUUUUCUAAUACCUCAUUGCAAUGAUAUUCUCGAGUUUUUAGUUUUUUUUUUUUUGUUCUUUUUUUUAUGGCAUCAUGGAAUUAUUUCAUUUCAAAUUCUAUUGCUCAUAAAUAUCCUUCGGUAUUUACAUGCGAAAUGCCUCUAGAAAUCGAGCUUCGUGUUAACAUACAUAAAUCUGUUAAAAAAAAUUAAAA